UGAUGAUGAGGCUGGAAACGACGUGAGAGGGACGCUGCUUCUACACCGUAUGUGUGUGUGUGGCACUCAUAUUACGAGGAAGUCAAGAAACUGACGAAAAUGGACGACAUAUGCAUGGCUGUGCUCGGCGGCUUUUAACCCGUGCGGACGACGAAAAUGGGAUCUGUGUCCUCAUGUCAGCGUUCGUGGAGAUGGAUCGUCGUAUCUGCACUAAAACAACAACGGACGCGAUGCUAGCUUGCUAGCUGCUCUUUGAUGUUUGUUCCUCCGACAGACAACCGUGCUAAUUUCCGAUUCAAAACUUUUGAGUCGUCUCGCUUCGAUUUUUUUUCACCACUCACUAACCAGCUUAACUCGAACCGUCAACUUUACCGGGUGACGUUUAGCGUGUAGCUACGUUAGUUAGCUGACUUUGGAAGUAGCUGUUUAGCUAGCCGAAAUUAGUUAAGCUAAUUAACAUAACGUUAGCAAAAAAAAAAGGGGAGUAACGUUUCACACUUUUACGUGACAAUAACUAACAGGAGCCGCUGAGGUUGACAGACAGCGGGUAAGUCGCAGUAAUGAUGCUAAGCUGUUGGCAUUUAUUUGUUCUUUCAGAGGAACAAAGUAGUUCUCACCGGUAGCUUUACAAUUUGAGCAUCUUCAGUUAUGACGUUACAGAUAAAACUGUAUAAAAAGUGCUGUAGUAGGUAUUGUUCACAUCUAAUCUUCGCUUCAAAUGCAGAUAAUCAACUUUACUACCUCACUGGAUGAUGCUGAGGAAAGCUGGUGAUAUUUAAGGCAAUUUUUUUGGGUUAGUUUUACCAAAUCAAUGUCCACUGAGACUGGUUCAUUUGUGGUGAACAUGUGUUAAACUAGGGCAGCAGUGUUGGCUAGUAAAACCUCUGUAGGUAGUCUCUCUUUUUUUUUUUUCCACGACAGCCUCAUUAAGUGUAGCUCACAACUGCCAGAUAUGCGUCUGUCCUCGUUCCUGGCCCUGUUCAGGCCUGCUUUACCCCUGAUCCUGGGGCUGUCUCUGGGCUGCAGUCUCAGCCUCCUCAUGGUGUCCUGGACUCAGGGGGACACAGAUGACUCCUGUAGGGAUGAACUGGGCAAUGGCAGGCUGUUCAUGGGCAGACGGGACGCCCAGAGAGACUCAAGAGAUGGAGCUGGAGAUGAGGAUUUCCAGCCACGGAUUGUGCCCUAUCACAAGGACCCAAACAAGCCACACAAGAAAGUCCUCAGAACUCGAUACAUCCACACUGAACUGGGCAUCAGAGAGCGACUCUUGGUGGGCGUGCUGACCUCUCGGGCCACCCUCAACACGCUGGCCGUGGCGGUGAACCGCACCGUCGCCCACCACUUCCACCGCACCUUCUUCUUCACAGGCCUGCGCAGCCCGAAGGUCCCUCACGGCAUGAGCGUGGUCGCCCACGGUGAUGACCGGCCGGUGUGGCUGAUGUACGAAACGGUGCGGCACCUCCAUCAGCACUACGGCUCGGACUACGACUGGUUCCUCUUAGCCCAGGACGACACUUACAUGCAGGCGGAUCGUCUGUCGGAGCUGGUGGGCCACUUGAGCGCAGGUCAGGACCUGUACAUGGGCAGGGCGGAGGAGUUUAUUGGUGGGGAGGAGAAAGCACGCUACUGCCACGGGGGUUACGGCUACCUGCUGUCUCGCAGUCUGCUGGGCCGCCUGCAGCCUCACCUUGACACCUGCCGAAACGACAUCCUCAGCGUGAGACCUGAUGAGUGGCUGGGCCGCUGCAUUAUUGACUACCUGGGUCUCAGUUGUGUGGAGGUGCACCAGGAAAUGACCUACAGAUACUUUGAGCUCGGCAAAAACGCAGAUCCGGAGCGUGAAGAUAGCGCACCGUUUAAAAAUGCCUUCACAGUUCAUCCUGUAUCUGAACCUAAUCUCAUGUACCGCCUACACAAACGCUUCAGUCAGAUUGAGCUGGAAUGGACCUAUCUGCAGAUCCAGCAGCUGCAGACGCAGAUCAACAACCUGAGCGACCUCACUCCAGAGGGUAAAGCCGGGGUCACCUGGCCGAUAGGAAUCAACCCUCCCUUCAAACCCAGGACCCGUUUUGAGGUCAUAAACUGGGAGUACUUUACAGAAGAGCAUAUUUACUCCUGCGUCGACAGCUCCCCAAAGUGCGAGAUGAGAGGGGCUGACCGUGCCGACGUGAACGCAAUCCUAGAGAUCGCAGUCGAGCGUCUCAACGAGCGCUACCAGCCGCAGCUACGCUUCCGUAAGCGACGUCUACUUAACGGCUAUCGCCGCUUCGAUCCCACGCGAGGUAUGGAGUACAUGCUGGACCUGGCGCUGGAGGCCUACACCCAGAAGGGCCACAGCCAGGUCAUUGCUAAACGGGUCAACCUGCUGCGACCUCUAAGUGCAGUUGAGAUUAUCCCCAUGCCGUACGUGACAGAGGCAACACGGGUGCAGGUCAUCCUACCAGUCACGGCCCAGGAUCAGGACUACGUUGGGAACUUCCUCGACAUGUACGUGAUGAACACUCUGGACACCCAUGACAAUGUUUUAUUGACCUUCUUGUUCAUCUACGAUCCCUUCGAUGCACAGCGAGUCAGCCAGACUGAUGUGUUCGCUAGCAUCAAGGCUAUGAUCGGGGAAGUGGAGAAGCGCUACGGAGACGUGAAGAUCCCCUGGAUUAGUGUGAAGACUGAGGUGCCCUCACAGGUCAAGCUGAUGGACAUCAUCUCUAAGAAGCACCCUGUGGACACCCUCUUUUUCCUGGCAAGCGUUUGGACAGAGGUCAACGCUGACUUCCUGAACCGCUGCAGAAUGAACGCCAUCAGCAACUGGCAAGUCUUCUUCCCCAUCCACUUCCAGGAGUACAGCCCUGCUGUCGUGUACCGCGACCAGCAGCCCUCUGCCGCCUCCUCCUCUUUUGCUUCUGAGUCGCUACGAGACGGCCACUUCGACCGGCACGUCUUUGACGAGGCUUGCUUUUACAACGCAGACUACAUGACCGCACGGACCAAGAUGGCGGCGGACAUCUUGGACAACGAGGAGCUGCUGGAGAGCAUGGACGUGUAUGACAUCUUUGUCCGGUACUCAGGCCUGCACGUGUUCAGAGCGGUAGAGCCGGCGCUGAUCCAGAAAUACGUGCGGCGAACAUGCAACCCACGCUUCAGUGAGGAUAUCUACCACCGCUGUGUCCUCAGCAACCUGGAGGGUCUGGGGUCACGCUCGCAUCUAGCAAUGGCUCUGUUUGAGCAGGAGCAGGCCAACAGCACAUAGAAGCCUGGACUGUACCAGAGAGCGCUGGGACCUCACACAUCCUGCCCCGGACUAAUGGAUACUGAGGCAGGAAAAGGUGAAUUUUAACUUUUUCAACCAUGUACUGAAGCUCUCAUCCUUUUACAGGGUGGAAAAAGGUCAGGAUCAGCUAACAAAGCAGCACCGUUUUGCUCAAGGACUCUUCAGCAAAGCAAAUGAGUGCUGAUACCUCAGCUUAAAGUUGUAUCCUGCAGCUGGAAGUCUCUCUGCUUGGUACCGAGCAGGAAAACUUCUGACUUACGAGUCUAUAACUUUAAAUCUGUCUAGACGGUGAUGAAUUGUGAGUCAUGGAGGUGUCACUUUGCACAGCUCCCUGAACGGACCUACUGAGGAGCUCUCACUUGUAUUCCUGCCGCAUUCUCAGAGGAGGCGAGCAACAAUAUUUAUACUCAAAGAAAUAUAGGAGGAUGUGUGUUGAAGUAAUAAAUAAACAAAGGCCUUCAUUGUUAAUAAUUAACUGAGAAAAAUAAGUUGAGCCAUAAGUCUUCCUUUGUGGAGAUGUUUAAAAUAAUACUGGAGACAAGCUGAAGCCAUUGGCUGCCUUUUCUUUAAGAUAUGUUCUUUUUAAGAGGUAUUAAAGAGUGAUAUUUCCGCUCA